AAGAAAAGCAUAAACCCCAAAAUACCGUCUCUAAACCCCUUUUUCCAUCCCCAACGACAUCAGCCACCAUUCUCGUCCUGACCUACGCUAUCUCUUCCCAGUCCGUUGUCUCAUUCCUCCAGUUAGCAGGUUUACUGUUACCCAAGCAUGGCAUCUCGCAACUCAAAAUUGCUUCUUGUUGCUUGUCCAAGCACAUUGACGCCCAAAUCAUGCUAAAAAAAAAAAUACUUAUUGCUUAUUGCUGUUUGCUCGAGCAGCUCGUCUGAGCAUGCUGUUUCCUCACACAAAUUAUGUAACAAGCUAACCUCCAUGAAGAUUAUGUGGAAUGUAAGAGCAAGAUGGACAACAAUAAACCUGCUGUAGUGCUAUUAAUGAAGAAAAUAUGGAGGCUUUAGAAGAAAUUAUACCGCCUUCAUUUUUUUAAGAAGUAGGAUGACUUUCGUUCCCCUAGGGUUGUGUCUAAACUUUUUGUGUCCCUAAGCCUUCAUUGAACAAAAUGGCCAACAACAAUGCCCCUUCAACCUCCGAGAUGCAAGAGAUCAAAGUCGAUGAAAGCUGUGAACGAGCCUUGGAUAAAGAAAAGCUUAUUGGUAUGGCAACAAGUGAAAUGGAAUAUAGAGUAGAAUUGUUCAACAGGCUUACCCAUAGCUGCUUCAGUAAAUGUAUUGAUAAAAGAUAUAAGGAAGGCGAACUCCAUAUUGGUGAAAACAGUUGCAUUGAUCGUUGUGUUUCAAAGUAUUGGCAGGUGAAUAGUAUAGUUGGUAAUCUGCUUGCAUCCGGUCGGCGCAACGUGUAAGUUCUGGCUACUUCUAGCUACAGUUACUGCUCAAAUUUUGAUGGCUCAAUCUGGAAAUUAGAUGAAUACACUGAAUACUUGGGAGUUGGGAGAUUAGAACUUGAAAUUUUUGGAUGUGUUCUGAAUUCCCUUCAUUACCAUCUCAUCCUGCCACCAUUGGAGAACAAUAUAAUAUUAAUAACGACAAAUUUGCUUACAUUAUUUAUUCCCAUCACAAGUUUUGUAGAUGGAAAAGAUCAUGAUUAUGAUUUUUUUGAUUUUUGUAGUUGCACAAUUCAAUUGUAUCAAUGUUGACUCUAGUCAUAUUUUACUUGAUUUGGUACAACUUUAUAGACCUACUCAAGUAGGAAAUCUUGAUUUGUAUUCAUAGACUUGGACAAAUGGAAAUUGUUUUACUAAUUCAUUUCUACUUCAAUCAUUUCUUUUAUUCCCAAUUGUUCCCAAGUUACUAU